AUGGAAGAGCUAUUGGCCACCAUGGCAAUCGAGCCAUUGGUGUCCAAGCUGUUAGACAAGGCGUCCAGCUACCUCCUGGACCAGUACAAUGUGAUGGAGGGAAUGGAGGAGCAGCACAAGACUCUCAAACGCAAGCUUCCGGCCAUCCUUGACGUCAUCACCGACGCCGAGGAGCAGGCCACGGCACACAGAAAAGGUGCCAAAGCCUGGCUCCAGGAGCUCAAGACGGUGGCCUAUGAGGCAAAUGAAGUCUUUGACGAAUUCAAGUACGAAGCACUCCGCCGUCAAGCCAAGAACGAUGGGCACUACAGCAAGCUCGGCUUUGAUGUAAUCAAACUCUUCCCUACUCACAAUCGUGUUGUGUUCCGUUACAAAAUGGGUUGCAAGGUUUGCCUGAUUCUGCAGGCCAUUGAGGUCCUCAUAGCAGAGAUGCAUGCCUUUAGGUUUAAGUACCGACCACAGCCGCCAGUGUCCAAGCAGUGGAGGCAGACCAAUCAUUUUAUCAUCGACCCACAAGAAAUUGCGAGCAAAUCUAGACACAAAGAAAAAAAGAAGAUUAUAGAUAUACUACUUGGUCAAGCUAGCCGCUCAGAUCUCGCAACUAUUCCCAUUGUUGAAAUGGGCGGCCUUGGCAAGACCACAUUAGCUCAGCUCAUAUACAAUGAGCCUGAAAUUCAGAAGCAUUUCCAGUUGCUGCUCUGGGUCUGUGUCUCUGAUACCUUUGAUGUGAACUCCCUGGCCAAGAGUAUUGUUGAAGCAUCUCCCAAGGAAAAUGAUGAUAUAGACAAACAAAAAUCACCACUGGAAAAACUACAGGAAUUGGUCAGAGGGCAGAGGUAUCUCCUUGUAUUGGAUGAUAUCUGGAACAACAAAGAGUUCCAUAAGUGGGAAACACUGAAGGCCUGUCUGCAUGGUGGCAUGGGUAGUGCAGUGUUGGCAACAACUCGUGACAAACGAAUUGCUGAAAUUAUGGAUGCAACACCCUACAAUCUCAAUAUUUUGGAGGAUUGCUUCACAAAGGAAAUUAUUGAGACCAGAGCAUUCAGCUCGAAGAAAGAAAAGCCUACUGGACUAGUUGAGAUGGUUGAUGAAUUUGUGAAGAGAUGUUCUGGAUCUCCAUUAGCUGCAACGGCACUGGGCUCUGUACUUCGUACCAAGACCAGCGUAGAUGAAUGGAAGGUUGUAUCAUCCAGAAGCAGCAUUUGCACCGAGGAAACUGGAAUUUUGCCAAUACUGAAGCUUAGCUACAACGACUUGCCAUCAGACAUGAAGCAGUGCUUUGCUUUCUGUGCUGUAUUUCCGAAGGAUUACAAGAUUGAUGUGGAGAAACUGAUCCAACUAUGGAUCGCAAAUGGCUUCAUCCCAGAACACAAGGAAGAUAGUCUUGAAACUGUUGCAAAAUAUAUUUUCAAUGAGCUGGCAUCAAGGUCAUUUUUUGUGGAGAUAGAGGAAACUGUUGCAAAUGGCUUUAUCCCAGAAUUCUUGUCAAAUAAUUAUUCCAGAACAACAUGCAAAAUCCAUGAUCUUAUGCAUGAUAUUGCAUUGUCGGUUAUGGAAAAGGAAUGCAUUGUUGCGACUGUGGAACCAAGUCAAAUCAAGUUGCUUCCAGAUACUGCUAGGCAUUUGUUCCUGUCUUGUGAAGAAACAGCAGAUAUUUUGAAUGAUUCUAUGGAGAAAAGAUCCCCUGCUAUCCAAACCCUGUUGUGUGGUAGCUCUCUGCGAAGCUCAUUGCAACAUCUAUCAAAGUACAGAUCUUUGCAUGCCUUGAAGCUCACUAUUAAGACAAAAUCAUUUCCACUGAAACCAAAGUAUCUGCAUCACUUGAGGUACCUUGAUCUCUCAUACAGUAACAUUAAAGCACUUCCUGAAGAUAUAAGUAUUCUAUAUAACCUGCAAACGCUGGACCUUUCCUACUGCCCUUACCUUGAUCGACUUCCAAUGCAAAUGAAGUAUAUGACCUCUCUCCGUCACCUCUACACUCAUGGAUGUUUGAAGUUGAAGACCAUGCCUCCAGAACUAGGAAAACUCACUAACCUGCAGACGAUUACAUGUUUUGUAGCAGCAGUUACUGGCCCUCACUGCAGUGAUAUUGCAGAGUUGCAGGACCUAAACCUUGGUGGUCAGCUGGAGCUAUGUCAGAUAGAGAAUAUUGAUACAAAAGCAGAAGCGAAAUUGGCAAAUCUCGGUAAAAAGAAGGAUCUCAGACAACUGACAUUAAAAUGGACUUCUGUUUGUGACACUGAGGUGCUCAACAAUUUCGAACCUCAUGGUGAGCUACAGGUUCUGAAGAUAUAUUCCUACGGAGGAGAGUGUAUGGGUAUGUUGCAAAACAUGGUUGAGAUACAUCUUUCUCAUUGUGAAAGAUUGCGAUUUUUAUUUAGAUGCAGUACAAUCUUAACUUUUCCAAGACUGAAGGUGCUUACGCUAGAACAUUUGUUGGGUUUUGAGAGAUGGUGGAAAAUAGAUGAGAGGCAAGAAGAACUUACAAUAUUUCCUGUGCUUGAGAAGUUAUGUAUUAGUAAUUGUGAAAAGUUGGUAGCAUUACCUGAAGCACCAUUGCUGCAAGGAUCUUGUGGUAAAAGUGAUUAUACAUUGGUACACUCAGCGUUUCCUGCCCUAAAGGUACUCGAAAUGAAAGACCUGGAGAGCUUUCACAGAUGGGAUGCAGUCGAAGAGACUCAAGGUGAACAGAUAUUGUUUCCUCAGCUUGAGAAACUAUCAAUUCAGGAAUGUCCAAAGUUGAUAAAUUUACCUGAAGCACCAUUGCUUCAAGAACCAUGUAGCAGAGGUGGUUAUAGAUUGGUACACACAGCAUUUCCUGUCCUAAAGGUGCUCAAAGUGAAAGGCUUAGAGAGCUUUCAGAGAUGGGAUGCUGGUGCAAAAGGAGAACAGAUAUUGUUUCCUCAGCUUGAGAAACUAUCAAUUCAGAAGUGCCCAAAGAUAAUAGAUUUUCCCGAAGCACCAAAACUCAGUGUAUUAGAAAUUGAAGAUGGCAGGCAAGAGGUCUUCCAUUUCGUAGACAAUUUUUUUUCUUCACUGACCGAUCUGAUACUGAAGCUAGAAGACACAGAAACAACAUCAGAGACAGAGCGCACUUCAAUUGUAGCAGUGGACAACAAGGAGAACUGGAACCAUAAAUCCCCUCUUACAGUUAUGGAGUUAGGAUGCUGCAACUUAUUCUUUGGAUCAGGUGCACUAGAGCAGUGGGACUAUUUUGUACACCUUGAAGGUUUGGAAAUUGGUAGAUGUGAUGUGCUUGUCCACUGGCCAGAGAAAGUGUUCCAAAGCUUGGUAUCCUUGAGAAGAUUAAAGAUUGUAAACUGCAAAAAUCUGACUGGAUAUGCACAAGCUCCUCUUGAGCCAUCAGCAUCCAGUAGGAGCCAAUGCCUGCCAGGUCUGGAGUCUCUUGAGUUACGUUAUUGUGCAAGUUUGGUAGAGAUGUUCAACGUCCCAGCAUCUCUCAAGAGCAUGUAUAUUCAUGGGUGCAUUAAGCUCGAGCCCAUCUAUGGCAAGCAGCAGGGCAAGCCAGAGUUCGUUGAAGGCUCUUCUUGUAGUGAGGCAAUCAUGCCUGCAGGUGUGUCAGAGUUAUCAUCAUCAUCACUCAUGAAUCACUUCUGUUCAUGCCUAGAAGAGCUAAGUAUAUCUGGAUGUGGAAGCUUACCAGCGGUUCUAAAUCUUCCAAAGUCCUUAAAGACCAUAAGUAUUGCUCACUGCAGUAGUAUUCGAGGCCUAUCUUAUCAGAUGGGUGGGCUCCAGAGACCCGAAGUCACUACCUCCAUAAAUGUACCAGAGCCGUCAGCAGCAGUAGCAACGAGGCAUUCGCUUCCUCCUUAUCUUGAAUCUCUAGAAGUAUUGUUCUGUGCUGGCAUGUUGGGGGGGAUUCUCCAUCUGCCCACGUCCCUUAAGAGACUGACCAUUAUUGACAACGCUGGGCUGACAUCGCUUGAGUCAAUGCCGGGAGAGCACACCCCAUCCUUUGAAUCCCUUCAUCUUCUUGGCUGUUGUACCCUGGCAUCCCUACCAAAUGAGUCACAGGCAUACGAGUCUCUCAAAAAGCUUAUUAUUAAGCUCUGUCCUGCUAUAAAGAAGCUGCCUCGAUGCCUGCAGCAGCAGCUGGGUAGCAUUGACCACAAACGACUAGAUGCCCAUUAUGAAGUAACGGAAUUUAAACCAUUUAAGCCGAAGACAUGGGAGGAAAUACCAAGAAUAGUUCGCGAGUGGAGGUUAUUCAGCCUUUUUCCUGGCGAGAACCCCGAAAGAGCAGGAAGCUUCUUUCAACUCAUACAGGAGAAUAAUGUUGCCCAGUUAAGCAAGGAAAACAGGAUGACAACCACGUAG